AUGCAAACCCUGCAGCAGCAGCAGCAGCAGCAGCAGCAGCAGCAGCAGCAGCAGCAGCAGGAGCAGCAGCAGGAGCAGGAGCAGGAGCAGCAGCAGCAGCAGCAGCAGGAGCAGCAGCAGCAGCAGGAGCAGCAGACCUCUAAUACAGAAAAACUACUCGCCAGCAUCUGCUGCAGAUACCAGUAUGCAAACCCUGCAGCAGCAACAGCAGCAGCAGCAACAGCAGCAGCAGCAGGAGAAGCAGCAGCAGCAGCAGCAGCAGCAGCAGCAGGAGCAGCAGGAGCAGCAGCAGACAGCAGCAGCAGCAGCAGCAGCAGCGGCAGCAGCAGGAGCAGCAGUGUACAUGGGCAAAGAGCUCCCAGAGGCAGCAUAGUGUAG